AGGCUAAUGCUAGCUGUGCUACAAGUUGAGAGCGACCAAAACAAACGAUGACGGCCGAGCAAAGGAGCCGAAAAAAGCUCCGUUUUGCCACGGGAAUCUAUUUGAUUUGACAGUUCUAGAUGUGGUACAAGAGAUACGUGUACUUCUGUAUGACUGACGUGGACCGAAUAUGCGAUUUUUAGUGCCAAGUUGUCAGUUUUCGAGCUGAAACUAUCUGGCAUCGAUGCUGUCCAGGUACACCAGCGCUGGCUAGCGUUAACUUAAUGCUUUGCUAACUAGCAGACUAAUUUGGACUUGGCGAAAUAUCGCAGCAGGUUAGCGUUGGUUAUCGAAAGAUGCAGAGACUGUUGAAGUGACGCUGCUUGUGUGGAAACGCUAAAUUCAUUCUUGGAUUCGUGUAACAAAUUCUGCACUUGCUAGCUAGUUAGCCUAAUAAUCAGAAUGAGUUGGUUCAACGCAUCUCACUUGUCUAGCUUCGCUAAACAAGCUUUAACAACAGCUCAGAAGUCAAUUGACCGAGUUCUGGACAUCAAAGAAGAGGGUCAGUGGGGUGACACAACUGUAAUGCCCUACGACGAUGUUACCUUACCUGGAAAGCUCUCGUUGAGUGGAGGAUGGGGCAUGGCCCAGUGGGAAGCCCCCGCAGAAGAAAAGACCGCCACUCCUCCUGCUUCCUCGGAGGCCAUUACUACUCCUGUCACUCGUACUGUUGUGGAUGAAUCCGAAAACUUUUUUAGUGCCUUCCUGUCACCCGGAGAUGUACAAGCUGUCACCAAAACCCAGGUAGUGUCUGUACCCCCCACUAAGUCUCAGAGACGGCCUCAAGAGAAGGAGAAUAAAGUCAAAGAGGCUGUGGUCCAGCAAGAGGUGGAAAGCCAGCAUUCAGGACCUCCUGAUAAGAGUCACGAGAAUCAAACAGAUGCUGAGAGUCAGCCAGUCGAGCCCAAGUCCUCACCAGCAGCACCUUAUGCAGACAGUAUCCUCCUGCAGCCAGUUUCUCUUGUUUCCUCCUCUAGUGAUGUUGCUUGUAACCCUGACGGUGAGACAAGCAGUGAAAAUACAGAUGUUUCCUCAGCGGUUUCUGUAGAGUCAAAAGCAGAGGAACCACAGAGUCCAUCAGAACGCCAGGUGAAGCAGGAUAUUACAGAUUCCCCUGAACCUACCACCUCUGAACCUAAGAGCUCUGCCCCAUCUGAUCCUUCACCAUCCACAUCCUCUAAGGAAGUACUCCUUGAGCAUAAAGACACAAAGGUGGAGGAUCGUCAAAAUGAUACGCCUUCCCCUCCAGUCAGCGCUUUCUCCUCAGGAACCUCUACAACCAGUGACAUUGAAGUGCUCGACCACGAGAGUGUGUUGAGUGAGAGUUCAGCCAGCUCCAGACAAGAAACUGGUGAGGGCAAAGCUGGCCUUCACCUAAUGCAGGGCUCCUUCCAGCUUCUCACUGCCUCCACCUGUGGAGAUUUUCCCCGACUAGAGGACUACCCUAAACUCACAGAGAGCUGUGGUUCCUCCUCAGAUGCAUUUGAGCGCAUCGACUCAUUUAGCGUGCAGUCACUGGACAGCCGGAGUGUCAGUGAGGUUAACUCAGAUGAUGAAAUCCCUGGCAGUCGGACUCUAGCGUCCGUCACUGCAGGACCUGCUCCUUUGCCAGUGUCGUGUCAGAAGCAGGAAGAUGGAGAGGCGGAGAAGGUCGGUGAGGAGGAAGAGGAUGAAGAAGAGGGAUUCACUGAAACGAUGAGGGAGCAGUCGCUGGAUGAGAUGGAGGAGAGCGGUCGGAGUGCAACACCUGUGAAUAGCGAGCAGCCUGAAGAGUUAAUAGAACAGGAAUCUGAGGCUCCUAUUGCACCUUCUGAUCCUGCAUCCAAAACUGAAGAACAGAUUGCUCCACCAAUUACAGAAGAGAUGAAAAGUGUUUCAACAGUGCAGAUAUUGGAGCUUCAAAAGGUUAUUGAUGAUCUAUCGGGCCGCCUUGAGAAGAGAGAAUCUCAGCUGCUGGCAGUUAGCAAAGACAAGGCAAGGCUGGAGGAGGAUUGUGACAAUCUCAAAGAUGAAGUGAUAAGCUUGAAGGAGGAGAGCUCCACUGUUCAGUCCCUGAAAGAUGAGUUCACCCAGCGCAUAGCAGAUGCAGAAAGGAAGGCUCAGCUUGCCUGCAAAGAGAGAGACAUAGCCAAGAAGGAGAUAAAGGGCUUGCGAGAGGAGCUUUCUACAAGGCUAAACUCCAGUGAUACAAUGGAGAUCAUCAAAGAGAAGGAGGAACAGAUCAGAGGUCUCCUGGAGGAGGGUGAAAAGUUGUCCAAGCAGCAGCUGCAGCACAGCAACAUCAUCAAGAAACUGCGUGUGAAGGAGAAGGAGAGUGACACAAAGCUCACCAAACAGCAGAAGAAAAUCAAGGAGCACGAGGAAGAGCUCAAACAUCUGCAGCAGGUCCUUGAUGGGAAGGAGGAGGUUGAGAAACAGCACAGGGAGAACAUCAAGAAGCUGAAUGCUGUUGUGGAGCGGCAGGAGAAGGAGCUGAGCAGGCUGCAGUCAGACUCCGAGGAGCUGCAGGAGAAAAGCAGGAGCCUUCAAGCUGCUCUCGACAGCUCUUAUAAGGAGCUGGCAGAACUUCAUAAGGUAAAUGCCAGCAGAGCCAGUGAGGCUGAAGAGGUAGCUCUGAGCAGGGAAACGCAGGCCAAAGAGCAGCUGAGUCUGGCUCUGGAAAAGGCCCAGGAGGAGGCCAGGAUGCAACAGGAGGCUCUGGCUAACCAGGUGGCCGACCUGAGGCUGGCUCUGCAGAGGGCUGAGCAGCAGCAGGCCAGGAAAGAAGAUUAUUUGAGGGAGGAGAUCAGUGAGCUUCAGCAGAGACUCCAGGAGGCAGAGACUAGGAACCAGGAACUCAGCCAGAGUGUUACCUCAGCCACACGACCCUUGCUGCGACAAAUUGAGAACUUGCAGGCCUCACUGGGUGGACAAACUGCAUCAUGGGAGAAACUUGAGAAAAGCAUUUCUGACAGGCUAGCGGAUGCCCAGGCGCAGCUGGCUGUUGCUGUGGAGAAGGAACGAGCAGCAACAGAAGAACUGCUGGCCAUCAAGUCGCAGCUGGCCUCUUUGGAAUCCCAGAAUUCCUUGGUCCGCCAAGAAAAAGCCAGACUCCAGGCACAGCUGGACACUGAGAAAAACAAGAGAGAGAAAGUGGAGGAUGAAAGCAGCAGGGAGCACACUGAAUUGGAAAAUCUGAGAGGAGAACACAGUCGAAUGCUAGAAGAGGCCAAGAAAGAAAAGCUGCUGCUGACAAAUCAGCUAGAGAUGGAGAAGAUGAAGGUGGAGCAAGAGAAGAAGAAAUGCUACUUAGCACAAGAAGCACUCAAGGAAAAGGAGCGGAAGGCUAUGACCCACUCUAUUGGAGAGCCCCCAGCGUCUUCCACACCCUCCCUGUCUCGCUCCAGCUCCAUCAGUGGGGCAGACAAUGCUGGGCUUCACACCUCAGUUCUCUCCCAGGAUGACUCUUUAGACCAUUCGCUGGGCACCAUGACCAUGUCUAUGACAAUGAGUGGGACCAACCUGUACGAGGCUGCCAGACUGUCUGGAGGCUCCAGUAUCAUAGAGAACCUCCAGUCUCAACUCAAGCUGCGAGAAGGAGAGAUUGCACAGCUACAGCUUGAGAUCGCCAAUUUCGAGAGGAGCCGCUUUGUGAUGGCAGAAGAGAUGGUUCGACUUACAAAUCAAAAUGAUGAGAUGGAGGAGAUGGUGAAGGAGAUUCCUAAGUUGAAAGUUCAACUCAAGGAUCUGGAGCAGAGGCACAACACCAUCCUGCAGAUGUAUGGAGAAAAGGCUGAAGAAGCAGAGGAACUGAGACUGGACCUCGAAGAUGUAAAGAAUAUGUAUAAAACCCAGAUUGACGAAUUGCUGCAGAACCAGAAAUAAACUGGUUUCACUCACUGUGUUGUUUCUGGGGCACAAAUUGGUUGACCAUCUUAGCCACAAAUGCGUUCACAGGAAUAAAUAGGGCAAAGAAUAUACGUUUAAUCACUGUGUAAGAAGGAAAUUCAAUCAUCUUUAUCUGUAAUUUUAUGUUGCUUAAAGAUUAUAUACUCUAUUUAAGUGAGGGGAUGAUACGGAUAUGCAAAAAUAUACAAUGCAUAUUACAGAAUCAGUAUGAAGGAUAGCCACAAUUUGAUUGACUUGUUUAUUUGAUAUAUUUGGGACUUUGUACAAACUUUACUUUAGACAUUUCUCAUGAUUUACCCUUUGACAUAGUAUUGUAUAGACAGUUUUUAACUGUAUAUGAUGGUAAGGGUUUUUUGCACUAUACAAAUUCAUCCAUAUUUCCUAAUGCAUAAGAUGACCGGUUUAAGAAAUAUUUUUAAAAAAACAUUGUACAGAGAAACGUAUGUACUGUUCAAAUCACAAAAUGUGAUUUGACAGCUAAGAGUAGUCUGUGAUUGGAAUCCUAAAGACUGGAUUGUAAACUGUAUACAUAUGUAAAUGAAUAAACAUUUAUUUGGGUGGUGGAAAAAUACCUUAAUUUAAAUGGUGUGAAGUCACACUAGAGAAGGUUUCAUUUUCAUUGCAUUCACACAAAAUACCACAUUAACUCAAUGCUACACAAAAGUCCAAAUAAAGUUCAUGUUCUGAACAAUUUUCA